AUGGUGGUGGACUUCAGGAAGAAACCACCAGCUUCCCAGCCUCUCAGCGUCUUUGGCAGAGAGGUGGAGGGGUCCAAGUACUGGGGAGUAACCAUCGACAACAGACUGAGCUGGAAGAGCAACGGCACUGCUGCUGACAGGAGCAGCUCCUCGUCCCCAGACACUCCUUAUCGCAGCCUGCAGGCGGGAGAUAACACCCCCACUCAUAGCAGCACCACCCGAGAGCCCAUCCAUGAGCUCUUCAGAGGCCGAGGAUCCAGGCAGGAGGAGGGGGAAGAAGAGAGACAACAGGUGGAGACCAGACGCAACAGACAGGUGGAGCAGCAACAGGUGGAGCAGAAACAGGUGGAGCAGAAACAGGUGGAGCAGAAACAGGUGGAGCAGAAACAGGUGGAGCAGAAACAGGUGGAGCAGCAACAGGUGGAGCAGAAACAGGUGGAGCAGAAACAGGUGGAGCAGCAACAGGUGGAGCAGAAACAGGUGGAGCAGAAACAGGUGGAGCAGCAACAGGUGGAGCAAAAACAGGUGGAGCAGAAACAGGUGGAGCAGCAACAGGUGGAGCAGAAACAGGUGGAGCAGAAACAGGUGGAGCAGCAACAGGUGGAGCAGAAACAGGUGGAGCAGAAACAGGUGGAGCAGCAACAGGUGGAGCAGAAACAGGUGGAGCAUUAACAGGUGGAGCAGCAACAGGUGGAGCAGAAACAGGUGGAGCAGCAACAGGUGGAGCAGAAACAGGUGGAGCAGAAACAGGUGGAGCAGAAACAGGUGGAGCAGAAACA